CCGGUUAUCACUCUUCCCCUUUGUAAUUGAUUUUUACAUCUCUACUAUUCCCCCAAUUUGAACAACCCGCGGACACCUCGUUUACUUCUCCGAUUUGUCCAUAACAUCUCCUCUCACACUCUCCCCGCACACCUUAAUGGACCCUACUACUCCCACACCUACCGCCCAAGCCACGAGUACAACGGAGCCGGCAGAGCAGACAGUCCAAAUUCACAACUCAAAUAUCAACCACCCACUUCAACCGACACCGAACGGCCCUACGUCCGCCGAGGACGGCCAACGCCCUCGACCCAUCAGCUGGCAUCGCGCUCGCUUCUCCUCCAGGAAGCAGCAUGUCCGCAAAGGAACAGUCGUCUAUUAACCCCGCAUCCGGUACUACGGAUCAAAUCGGCCAUCCAAACCGUCCAUGGUCACAGUCGCCCCCGCCAGGAUCCCGAGGGGGGCAGGCUUUCUCCUUGCAUCCACCAGGGAGUAGCGCAGCAGCGGGUAGAGGCCCAAGUGGAGAGAU